AGCAAUGUAUAACAGAUUCUCUUUCUCCUUAAUCAACUGGCUAGACGCCGAUGAUUUCGUCAUCCCAGAGAAGACGGGGAAUCUCAGGCGUCAAAUGAUCCGUACCAAGAGCAAAAGGCGUUUUGCUUUCCGAGUCUCCGAGGAAGAACGAUUCCAGCAGUUAAGGGAGAUGCUGAAAGACCCCCAGAGGAGGUCCAAGUUAAUCUCGAAUCCAACCAACUUCAACCACGUGGUGCAUGUGGGCCCUCCGCAAGACAUGCAUAAUCUCCGGGAUCUGCCCAGG